AUGUCCUUUUUGCGUCGUGCUUUUAUCAUCAUCAUCAUCUCUCUUCUUUCGAUUGAGCUCACUCUUUCUAAUAAAGUAUCGGAAAAUGAGGAUAAGGUCAGAGAAAAACUGGAAAUCUUGCCAACUUUCAAUCAGGGCAUGAAAAGCCAACUCUACGACCCGCGCAAUAAACGCCUUAUGGCGAAAGUGCACUCCGCUCAUGUCAUUUACACAAAGCAGGAAGUCCGUGUAAGGAUUCAGUAUGAAGUACAUCUCACUGAAUUCUACACGGAUUGCUACCUCAACGGUUCGGAAGCUCUGGCUCGCUUCUCCACGUACAACUUGCAGAUCAGAAGACGAUCGGGAGAAUACGAGGCGGAUAUCCACAUUAAGCGGUUACGUGAAUUUGGCAUUGUUAUGCUUUCCUUCCAGUUAAGCUCAAGGUCCCUAACGGAUGAACUCAUGGUGCAGUAUCCGGUUAACUUGCAGGACCGCGAUAACAGGGCUGUCACUGAGCAUUGUCCCAGCCUAUUUUUCAUCUAUCCAAAGAUAAAUACCCUGCUCAUUCACUUGUGGAUUGAUGACUAUACGCCAAUGGGCAUAAAUUGGGAACAAAUAGUGAUGAUGAAGCGUAUACACGUAAGAGCAACAGGCGUCUCACUGAUUCACCUGCCCCUCUUCGUGAUUACCCGCACGCCCUUCACGGUGAAGUUUCUCACCUUGUGGUCCUACCAGAAUAUCGUUGCCUUCUUCAGUGCGAAUGGUUUCCUCCGUCUGGAGAGCUCAACUGUAAGUUCAAUGACAGCAACUUCUCCCGAAUCAGUACUCGAAACUUUUGAUCGACGAUGCAAGUCGAGUUAUAGGAAAAGUUCUCAACAAAUAGGCUUCAGAAAAGCCAUCUGAGCGCUACCAAUGACUUUCGGUUUAUUCUGCCAUUGACGAAAUCUGUCUAGAAUAAUUUCGGUUCUUAUUACUAAUUUUAAUGUUACUUAGCAUAGCCUAAACGAUCGCCAGUUGUCUCAGCGUUGCCUAAGUGGCCGACAAAGCUAAGUACUCUGUCCAUGUGGUCCGCACACAGCCUAGUCUCCAUCAUGUUUACUAGGCUACAGUGAGGACUACGCAGACCUCACGUCAGUCAGAAUGACACAUUUCAAGGAGAGAGUUGUCCCCUCAAAGUGCUUGUAUACACACCAUUGUCAGCAGUUAAUUAGAUGGGUCUUUAGUGGCAACCCCCAGCCUCCCGCAUGGACAGAAUUUACGCGUUUUGAUCCUGCUUCAAGUGGAGGACGUCUGUUACUAAUAAUCUAUGGAAGUAUAUUUCCUACGAGUCACUUACUUCAUAAACAGAUUUGCUGAAAUCUCCGGACGUUAGAUGCUCGCACGUGUGGGCCACCUUUGAAGGCAUUCAUAAUGACUUCUCACCUGCCUAACAUGUUCACAGUAGGAACCAACUUACACCUCCUCUCCUCAUGUCUUUCCUAGAUGAGCACUGUUGGAGCACAAGAAAGUGGUGGAUACACUAUUCGCUGGUUCAUCCCCGAGAAUCAACACAUUAUUGACGAGUUCUGUGAAGAUCAGUUGCCGAGACUGCCCGUGCGUGCUGGGGCGCCUCUCUUCUUCUAUGUUGACCCGGAACAACAGGAUCGUUGGUCAUUUGACCUGGAGAAGCUGAGCCGUCUAGUUAGUAAGCGGAAGUCAUUGAGCCUCCACGUGGCCUGCGUCAUGGAUGAUGUGUUUCAGGAUCUGCCUAAGAAGAAGAAUUUUGUGGUUGUUGUGAAGAAGAAGAUGUUCUACUCCGAGGGUGAUGACCUUGGUUUUCUGAGCUACGUCUACAAGGUCAACCUAACCUCGCCCACUCUGAAGAACUUUGACUGCAUCACUACGACGACAACCAAAAAUGUCCCCUACAUACCUCUCGCAAGGAUUGACGAGGCUGGCGUCUAUCCGCCCAUUGCAGGCACCCCCUUGGCUACUCGACUGGUCCUCACUCUAACAUUCGCCUGCACCAAACUCGAUCGGCAGGUUAGAAUAGACGAAGUCUACUUGAAGGGUCCUCAGCCGGCUGCUACGAGAACUGACAUACAGGUGGGUAAGGGAGAGAUGUGGUCCGUUUGUAAGGUGCCCAGGAAGAACUUUGAGUUCAUUCUGCCUGGCUGGAAAAAGGACGACAUAUACACCAUCACCGCUUCGCUCUCUUCAGGCAGCAUUAUGAUGAAGAAGGCUGUCAUUCUGGGACCCUACGACCAACUGACUGUCAAGCCGACCGUCGCUUUUGCAGACCAGACUGUCGAAAUUAUGUGCUUCCAGGACCUGUUGAAGAAGCUCAGCGCUCCCAAUAAACGCUUUGCCACAAUGUUCGCUCCCAGUGCCGUUGAGUACCUCCUCCUAGAGGGCCUCAACCAGACAGACUACAUAACCCUCCUAAGUUUCACGCCUAAGGAGAGGUACGUCCUGAAGACUGCGAACAUAGACUCCUCAGUGGUGAUUGUUAACGUUAAUGACACCAACAGCGCUUACAUUCACCUGCAUGCUCUCGCUCGACAUCUGACCAAAUUCUCGGGCUUUCGUUGUCGCCUGAAAAUGAAGAACGUGUUUAAUCAGGAGUACAGUGUGAUAAAUCGUGAACCCGUCUGUUUUGCUUUACGUCCGUCACGCAUCCGAAUUGCCAUCCAGGACGUCUUCUUGCCAAAGGUGUCCAAUGAGGUGGUUAAUGACAUCACUCGCGUGCAGAAACACCAAUUGUCUUGUGUGCGACCGGGUCAAGAUCUAGAAAUUUCCUGUAUGCAGAGCUCUGUCCUUGUUGAUUGCGCGCAUUGUCCGAGAAUGGAAGCGCAUUUUGAUGUUGCCAUCUCAGUGUUGGCUGACUUGGUCCAAAUCAACACUACUCGAGAAUUUGAACCCAUAAUUGACAACAGCGGCAGGGCCAAUGUGCUACUGAAGAAGGUGACAACGCAUUGGCACAGAGCUCUAAUCGUCUGCAGGCAGACUCUCUACACCAAACGCACGACUCUGGAAGAGAAGAAGAGCGUCGUUAACGUCCAAUUCUCAGCCACAGCGAGACUGUGUAUUAGUAGACUGAGCUUCACCUUCUACACGCUGCAUGACGGUUUCAGUUGGGAAAAGGGUCUGUUGACAACAGUGGAGCGGGCGAAGAGGUUGGCGAAGUCGGAAGAACUAAGAACGGAUAAAAUGCACGAUUUACUGGAACUGUCCGCUAUCCUCUGCGUGGUUAAUAACAACUUCAGCGUGUAUGACACGAAGAUGUAUGUUCAGUCCGGUGUCGAGAACUUCAAUGCCUCUUUAUUUGGAAUGGAAAAUGCCAGUCUGUUGGUUUUGCCCAAAUUCACUCCAGAUCUGCUGCAUCAACCCAUCAAAGUAACCUGUGGGACCACUCGCACUUUCUCCCGCAUACCUGCUCUAUCCGAGGUUGGUCAACCGUGCUUACGAUGUGAAUGAUUAACAAUUUCCCAGGUCAUAUGAAAAGUCGGAUCAGCAGUCCACAAUUGCAAUGUUGCAAUUGAUGAUGUCCAGCGGGUGCCUCACGUAGUCAGAUCGGCACCGUAGCAUGAAUCUGUUUCGUAAUGAUAGCAGACUUAGGUGACAUAUACGACAUUCUCUCCUCUCAAGCCAUAUUGCCCCAAUGGCUGGGCAGUGCCAAGACGAUUUCAGGUGUGCGUGACUAACAACCAAGGGAAUGUUAUUGCCGACAAUGCCAAGGGAGACUGGAAUGGCCAUUUCUGGCUUAUUAGCCAUCGUCAGACAGUCAUAGCCGACCCCGAAGCGUUGAACACCUGGGGCUUGAACUCGCGACCUGUUAGUUAGAAGUCCAACACUUCUAACCACAGGGCCGGCCACGGGCGUUGGACUUCUAACUAACAGUUCACGAGUUCGAGCCCUCGGUGUUCCACACUUCUGGGUCGGCUACGACUGGCUGCAAUGGCUAAUAAGCCAGAAAUGGCCAUUCUAGUCUCCCUUGUCUUUGUCGGCAAUGACAUUCCGCCCAUAUCAUGCGCCGCUGUGCGGCUGCCGGUUGGGCUCGAGAGCGAGCCGUAAGGCACGACGGAACGAGUGAGUUCCGUAAGAACGAUCGAUGAGCGCCCCUCUGCCAAAAACGGGAAUAUUUUGUCAAGAUUCGGAUACUGCAACAACGUCCUAGAUGUUUAGCGCUUUGUAAAAUCCUUGAGAUCCCCGUUCUAUUCGGCGAUUUAAACUGGCUCAGAGAAUUACAAUGCAUAGUGCAAAGAAGCCAUAGCUCGAAGUAUACACUCUGAGCUAUAAGAAGUCAUCUGAAAAGGCAAUUAGAACAGUAGGGUGACGCUAGCGUGCAACAUAGAAGAGUAGGGAUUAGGUGAGUCCACUUAGCGUAACCUCGCGAUCUGGCUUGCACAACUCGGUUGUUUGUCACUCACUCACAUGAACGUUCCUUCAAGAUAGUUGGAGUCCUCCACGACCUUGAGACGACAAUCGUUAAAUGAUUGUCGUCCUAUGGUCAAUGAUGUAGCGCAUGCUCCUGGGACGAUGUUGAGGACAAAUAGCCGGCGUCUAGAUGCAAGUUCGGGAUAUUUGGAAGUCUGUGAAUUCUCACGAGAACGCAUUCUUAGUUGUAAGUGAAUACGACCGACGUCAAGAUCCUCACUCAAAGUGUAACGGCUGUGAACGGUGGUCAUUGGCAAGCUCACAACACAAGAAAUGUAGUGGAGAUUUUGGCCACGGCAAACACUAUGGAGGUUUAACGUCUUACACUAUACUCCUAAGCAAGUAGUAGUUAUGGCCGCUGAUCGUAGGGCAAUAAAGAGUCAUCGGUGACUCCCAGCCACAGAGGAAUGUUAAUGCAUCCAUGUCCGACUCGAAAAGAUGACUGAUUGAUCCUCGGUGUUACACCACGCAGAACAUCGUGAAGUCGUCUGAGAAUGACCAUUUAGUAGACCCAUGCAACGACUCUGAUAAGACUUGUUUCACUGUAGAUUUCGAGUCCUGUUUUCCUUUCCCUGUCCUGAUGAGCCCCACAUUGUCUCCUUAUUUCAUGACUGAUCGUUUACAUCUACCUUCCAUUCACAUAGGAAUGCAUGCAUGUUUGAUUAAGCAGACUAAGUUCGGCUUAACCAUAUCUCUGACUGUUCUAGUCACCCUACUUCCCAUUAUUUGUAGGGCUAAUUCGCACUUGAAAUGUGUUACCUUAUCUAUGCAGUGUCACAAUUUACAAAUGACUGUUUUUCGCUCACAAACCGACACCUACGCGUGGAUCCACUGUCCAUCACAAUAAAUAACUCAUUUGGGAGAAUUAAAAUCAUAAAGAAAACGCCAAGCAUGUUGUCUGCAAUUGCAGGCGAAGUUCUCUCUGCAGUGGAGCUUAAGGCACAAAUUUUAUCGUAAAUAAAAUGAACAUCUAAAAGAAAGUCACCAAAGAAUGUGCCUAAUACGAUGCCCUUUUCAAGCAGUGAUUUCAUACUGCAUUCAGCUGACGGAUGUCUGUGUACUUUGUAUUUUUGCACGUUGGAGACAAGAAAAUACUAAAAGUUUUAUACUACAAACGUAAGGAAAUGCCUUCCUCUUUCUUUUGAGGACAUUUGCACUCUUUCUACUCACCUUUAGGUCCUGUUCUACGACUAUGAAUGAACUAUGCAUGAUAUUUUGUUGAAACGGUUAAUAUUUCACACGUCUCAUUUCUAAAUUAGACAUGUACAGAAGCUAGUCCGUGCGAAAGGUGAUGUUCCAUGUGGCUGAAAUCGAAAAAUGACAAUUUGGUGGUAGUCACUUUUGUGACAAGACAUAGCAUUUUCCAAAUGCAAAAUCGCACUAAACUUCUAAUCUCACUUCAAAAAAUCGAUAGAACUUCUGCUUAAAGAACGCUAACCUGCGUGCUAACAAGCUGAUUCCCACGAUUUGCAUCGCACAAACGAUCAAUUCCCGAGUGCGGCAGGCUCCGUCUAGUGAGACUCUCGAGAUUAAAUUACUCUCCUGUCAAAGAAAAGCACGCUCAGAUGCGUAGUCGAAGUCUAGGACAGGUAGUAGCAUCGGGGAUUGCCUGAAUACAUACGGCAACGUCAAUUUCCGCUCAAAUUCAUGAACAUUUUACUUGAUCAUAUUACGUGGACACAUUGCAUACAGAAGAAAAGGACAUGUCAUUGAAGAGGCUGGACGAGCGAGCAAAAAUGCGUCAUGUUUAAGAUGUCUGACAGUUCCCACAUCAGUUUCUUGAGUGAGAGAGAGGUCACGUUCUUCUGGUGAAAAGGUCUGAACAGGCAGGAUAAGACUGGGAUGUCCAGUACUGGGCAACUAGCCAUCGCCAGCCAGCCAGCCAGCCAGCCCUGUCCAGCACUAGGUUUGAGGAAACACCUGAGGCUCGAACACGCACUCCUUUGACCAAUAGUGCAAUGCUCUAAACUUUCAGCCACGCAAUCUUUUCACCGUGAUUUGGAGCUACAGGUGCCACUGAACCUCACUCUGGGUAAGGCUCGCUGAAGACGAUCGAUAUGCCAGAAAUGACCAUACGAACUCUGGCCUUGUUGCGUUGGUCCAAUAAGUGAACCAGCAUUCUGCUAUCUGACAAGCAUUUGAUGGAAUCCCCGGUCAUGUCAUUUGGGAAACCGGCACAUGUGGGGCGCAAGGUUUUGAAGUUAUGACCUGUGGACUUUUCGUCGUACAUGUUAAAUAUAUCCUUGAUGCGAAGAUCUGGCAUUCUAGGGCCUCUGUCUUUAUGGGCUCGUAAGAAUGACGCGCGUAAUAUGCGAACAAAUAUCUGAUAAACCAAUUCGCCUGCGCACAUUCACAUUCACCGUGAUUUAGUCUCGUCAUUGAAACACAGUCUAUUGGGAGCAUGCCACUAGCUGCUAUUUCCCACCACUUCAUAAUCGACGCACAAAUUCAAGUGCCUCGCACAAUCCUUUGGUUCUUUCAAGACCUUUGGUCCAACUGCACAGGAAGUGGCGUUCAAUGAAAUGCCUCAGUUGUCAGAUAGAUCCCAGAGCCUGACGGAAGGCAACCCACAAAUGACGAUGUGACUUCCAGGUCCGCCAGUAAUCUUUAAUCGAUCUUUCCCUCCUCUGCCUUACUCUAGCCACUACGAUUCGUUGUCGUCCAGCGAACUUUCCAGAAGGGCAGUCAGUAUUCCGAAUUCAUCCUCCUGAUGCAGAUGGUAUGCACCAGUCUGCUGAUUGGCUUCCUCAUCGCCAUCGCUUGUCCCCUCUUCAGCAUGAUCGCCGAUCAGCGGUAUGAGAGGAGGCAGUUGGAGAAGAGACGAGAGAAGCAGAAGGCCAUUGAAAGCCUCCUCAAUUUGAAGCUGGAGGUGGAGAAGGAGGCGGGAGCGGGGACGAAGGCGGAUGCAGAGGCCAAAACGAAGACGACGACGGCGGCGGCAGGAGCAAGAGACGGCGGCGGCGGCGGUGGGACAGGCGAGGCUAGUGCCAGUAUCGGCGAGGGGACGACGCCAAGACGCCCUGUUGAUAGGCGAGUGCGUUCCGCGCGUCAGUCAUUGGCCAUUCUGAACGACCUGAUGCGAGCCCAGGCCAUGAAGAGGGCCAGUCAGUACUCACUGCCUCUGGGUGACAGUUUCUCCCGAGGCCGAUCUGCAGGGACCAGCAGUAAGGACGCGGAUGCAAGCGAAGGACCUGAAACGUCGGAGGCAGGCGGUGGGAAGACGAGAAGGGCAGAGAUGAGGAAACGGACUCAAUCUGCCGCCAGGUCUGCCAGCGACUCUCGUACUCAGACGCACAAGAAAUCUAAGUCUGCCACGCCCCGCGCAACAACUUUGCGUGUUACACGACCCACCCACAGAAGCACGUUCGAUUAG